AUGGAUUACUCCACUGUGUCAAGUGAUUUAGAGCAACCUGGAGGCUCAUCACCAUGGGCCUCGACCUCGCCGAGAGUGGAUCGUUCAGCCUUCUCUCAACCUACCAGCGACAUUUCAUCCUCUCCUCUACCUGGCCAACAGCAAUCGCCCAACCCUCAAGGCAACGGCUCUCCUGUUGCUAGCAGAUUCCCUCAUGUCUCUACCAAUGUACCGACUACAUCAGCGGGUCUUACCUCGGCUGACGAUGAUACGGAAUCGCCUGACCUGUCCGAACAGCUGCAGAGCGCACAAUUGGGAGACCCCGACUACAUUGGUGAUCACGAACCCAAUCUCUACCAGCAGCAGCAGCGCGUACAACAGUCGCAACGUUAUGCUGCUCAGCCACAGCGCCAUGGUACCUCUCGGUAUCAAUCUGGUCCUAGACAGCAAAGGCCGAUACCUGCAUACAAGUUGCACGCAAAGAUCACAGCUCUUGAGCGGACGGGGAGGAAGGAUCCGGUUUUGAGGUUUGAUGUUCACACAAAUCUUCCCAAGUUUCGUACAACACAAUUCCGCGACGUCCGGCGUACUCAUUCGGAAUUUGUGAAACUCGCCCACCACCUCAUCUCUUCUAACCCGGAAGCCUUUGUUCCUGCUGUGCCUCCGAGCGUGACUUCUGCUGGUGCGGGGACCGAUGAAGAUGAAGCCAGAGUCAAAGCCUCGCUGCAACGAUGGCUUAAUUACGUCUGUAGCAAUGAUGUCCUCAUGCGCGAUGAGGAGAUGGUGUUCUUUGUCGAAUCAGAUUUUGGUUAUUCACCGGUAGUAAACAUGAAGCAGCCAGCUACCGGUGUCAGAAGGAAAGUUCUCAAGCAAUUCGCGCCACCGCCAGAUGAUACUCCCGAACUGCAUGAAGCAAGACCGGUGGUGAAAUUAUUCUAUCUGGGCACACUGGACGCGCAUCAGAAGUUGGAGAAGAUGGUCAAAGCUCGAAGAGGUCUGGGUCUUGCCGAAUCAUCAUUGGGUGAACGGCUUACGCAGAUGCAUGUCCAGGAAACCCAUCCAGGUCUAUCCACAGCAUACCGAAAACUGGGUCGUGUAAUUCAAACUUGCGGCGAUUUUCAUGCUGCACAAGGGACAGCGGAGGCUACCACAUUUGGUGAUCCUCUGAGCUACCACUCUCAGGACGCAUUUGUUGUCAAGGAAACGCUUACAAAUCGUCAUAUUUUGUUGAGAGAAUUACUACAAGCGGAGGGCGUACGGAAAAGUAAAGAAAGCGCUGUAACCCGGCUAAAAAGCAGUACAAGCGUUCGACGAGAUAAGGUCGAUGAGGCAAUCAAUAGCUUGGACGAAGCUGUAAGUCAGGAGAAUUAUCUUAAGGGGAAAACUCAACGUGUGACGGCAAAUCUUUUGCUGGAGAAACGAAGAUGGUUUGAACGGACAGCCAAAGAUCUCAAUUUGUCUAUCCGCGAAUUCGUACUUCGUGAGAUUGAGGCAGAAAGGAGAAUGCUCAGCACCCUAGAAAGUGUAAGGCCAGACAUUCGAGCAAUUGAUGCUUCUGGUGGACUCAGCCGCCUAGGGCGAGAGCACAACCCUGCUGCCAGAAGAGCGAGUUUGGCCAGCAGCCAAGGGGCGAAAGGUGACGCUUGGAGUGGUGUACCAAGAACACGCGAUUCGCUCAGCAGAAGUAUUAGCGGAAGCUUCGCAGGAGCUGCCUCCAUACCGGAAGAUGAGGAUGAAGACGAGGGCAGCGUAGAUGGUGAUUUUACGGAGCGUUCAAAGGCGCGGCCACGCAGCGGCACUGGUAGUGCUAGCAUAGGAGCAUUGAAGGAUGAUGACGAGGACAGAGUUGAUGCAAGGAAUGCUGCCAGUCGAUUGGCUCAAAGCACAUUUUGA